AUGCAAGAUGAGAAACUACAGGACGACAUACAGCAGCCUGUCCACAAAUUAAUCGAGUGGAACCAACUUAAAAUGGUUUUGAAAAACUUGUCCUUCUUGAGGCUGUUCAACAGCUCGAACCCCCGGAUCCAAGAACUGCAUAACCUGGCCAAGAGGUGUUGGAACUCACCGCUCAAAGUUCGGAAGGUCCUCCUGAUCUCUAGCAGCACUGUCUGCUAUAAAGUGUACCAGAAUACUGAAGAGCUCCAGGAGGCCAGGUGCUCCAUGAAGAAGCUGGAGUCCAAGACGUUUAAGUCCACAAAGAAGCCUAAGGAGUCCGAGCCCAAGGUGGGGCUGCGGGAGAGGAAGCGGGUCUGGGAGUCCCGGGCAGCAGUGCCAGAGAGAGAAGAACAGGUAGAGCCCGAGGGCCCGAAGGCAUCGAGGGUUCAUCGCCUGGCCGCUUGCGCUGGAGCCGGGGAGAGGCAGCUGCCCACUGGGGACCCUGGAGUCGUCUUCCUGAAGACCCAGCAUGGGGAUACGGAGCAGCUGGAAGUGGCGGACCGGUGGAUCUGGUUUGAGGGGCUGCCCACGAGGAUCCACCUCCCCGGGCCCCGCGUGAUGUGCAGACCAUCCGCCCAGCGCUGGGUCAAGCGCUGCUGCACCCGCUUCUGCUCGGCAUCACUGGAGCUGCCUAUGUGCCAUCCCUACAGGGUGUGA